AUGGCGUUGGGCAGCAAAAAGAAUGGUGGCAAGAAUUCCAAGAGCCAGAAGGCUAAAAAAUCCAUCAAUGCACUUGUUCUUGCAUCAGGAACGCUAGCAACACCUUCUGUCCCGUCCUUCUUCUCCGCAAUACAGGUCCACCUUCGCCCCCGAUCGAAAAAUGACGGCCCUUUGAAGCCGCGAGCAUUGUCCGCGUCACGUCGAGCGCAGAGUAUGAGUGUACUCAGUACAGAUACUGCUGCAUUGGCCGCGGUGAAAAGUAAUGCCCAGCGUGAACCGCCCGUUAUGAUAGAGCGGCGGAUACCUACGCGGGGUCCGGUAAAGCAGCCGACGCCUACAAGUGAUAAUUUUCGUCCCCAACAUGUUGAGACUCGUUCAAGCGCCGAUAAAAUAGUAAGCAGUACAGAACGGGCGGACAUCACGGGUGAAUGCAAAUUCUCGGGUGUUCCAGUCGAAGAUAACGACGUGGAUUUGGAUUUUGAUGUAGAGUUUGGGUUCACGGAUGUCCGGCAUGCACCAUUGGCCAACCUGGGGCAUAUACUAGCUGAUGAAAAUCCGACAUCUGGUCCAAUACAUGCCAAUACCCAAGACAACAGCAAGAAUCCAUUGACUCGCAAAUCCUCAGACCGCAACAUAUCUCCCCGUCGAAUCCAAUCUGCACCUACCGGCCUGCUAAAAAUGUAUGAUGAGAGCAUGCUCUUAGAAGACGACCCUACAGAUGAGUGGUUUGUACCUUCCGUAAAGGCAAAAGCGGAGCGUAGACUUGGGCGUGGUGGAAUGGUGGGAGCAGAAGAAGAAGAAGAAGAUGAGGGAAUCAAAUUGGAGAGCUGGGAUGAUGAUUUUGAUGUUGGUGAAAAGGAUGAUUUGGAUAUCCCGGAUUCUGUUCAGAAUCUUCAAAAGCAUAUUCGGGGUGAUGUGGUCAAUCUGAAAAAGUUUGCUCUUCAUAUCGAAGAUCUGAAGUUAAUAUUCCUUGACAUGCACGACAUGGCAUCAGGAAUUCCUUCCAACCACACCCAAGCACUACGGACCCUCCAAACCACAUACAAUAAAGAAAUCGAGAAAGCCGAAGUUUUAAUUGCUAUAGGUGACUACGCCGAGGACCGACCUCAAUGCACUGCACCCACAGCACGACACCUACGCGUUUUGGCGGAAAUGUUGCUAGGAGGGGCUAAAGGGAACGUACUCUCAUCUCAAGCCGCGGAAGAUAUCACGCGGAUGGUCGAGCAGGAAAGUCUGGCGUUUGGGGUGGAACUUGUUCCAGCUUUAAUGAAGCAUAUGAGCCCACUAAAGCAGGCGUUGACAAUGUACGUGGAACAAUUGAGGCAGCUCUUACUGCAGGGAAAUGACUUUUGA